CUUACCUAUAUCACGCCUUCUUAGUUUUCAGUUCAGUCACAGUGCAGAUGAAGGAGAGGAGAGGUAACUUUAGAUUUAGCCUGGUCUCAGAAGUUGAAGUGCGCUCUUCCUUAUACUGUCUAUAGGACCAUAAAACCUUACUGAUUCAACAUUAUGCUGUGGAAGAAUUUAACUUGAACAUUUAUUUAGUUUUUUUUUGCGACGGCCAGGCAUCAGGUAGGUUAGGCUGUAAACCAGGUGGCACUUAGCAGUCAGAGUGACGGAGUGGAAUGCAAAUUCUCAGAGGGAUAGAGGGAGGCACAUCAGGACUGUUGUAGCUGCUAGCCUAACUGUUCACAGUUCAGUGUCCCUCGUCCCGCUCUUACUCUAAUGCCUAUUUGCAUCCGAGGCCAGCAACAAAGAACUUUCCUCAUGAGUUGAGAAGAGACUCCAGAAUUAUGACAAUGAGUUUCUUUGGAAAAUUAAAGAACCUACACAGUGGGCCUCCAGCUCCACCCAAAAGAAUAGAGAACAAUGCGGGAUAUGGUGGCUGGCCAGAAGAUGAGUUUGACGAGGAGGAUGGGGACACAUAUGAGGCUCCCCCCUGUGAGCGACCCGCCAUGAAGGUUCCUCCCAGACAUGUGGAGGAGAAUGUCUAUUUGGAUAGGACAUCAGAGAGGUCCAAUCGUGUUCUUCCCAAAAGGCAGGCAGCUCCGCCCCCAAGGCCAGUCAAGAUGGCGCCCAUGGGCAAAGCAUCGAAACAGCAGCCUCACCAUCAGCCUGACCCUGAUGAGUUCUACAUCGACCCCAACACCAAGAAACCUCCUGAGGUAGACAGGAAGGAGAAGCCAGGGAAAAGGUCUACUCCUAAGAAGUCUGCCCCUCCUCCUUCCCGCCCUGCCCCUGCUCAAGCCCCUCCGCCUGCAGAGGAAGAUGUCUACCUGGAUCCUAAUGAAGGACAGGGAGACAGUGAUGACCUGUAUCUAGAGCCCACAGCAGCUUGCCCCCCUGCUCCUCGCGGGCCCAUAAGGAUGCCCCUCCCACCCAAGACAGCAGUUGCCCCUCCCCCCAUGCCCAUAAAACCUCCAGUGCCCAGAGCCAAGUCGAGUUCUCUAUUGGUCAGUGAGGCAAAGACAGCUCUUCCGCCUGAUGUGAAACGCUCCACGUUCCCUGGCAAGCUGCCCCCACCCACCCCAGGCAUCAAACCCCCCCUCCCCGCGUCCCUAAAGGAACCCAAACCCAGCCCCCCUCCCCCUCCCACUGUAGACACUACCGCAGCAGUUUCUCCCUCUGGUAUGAAGACAACCAUGCAGGCAGGAAAGGAGGAGAAAGAGUGGUUCGCUGGAAACUGCAAUAGAAAGACUGCUGAGGACCUCUUACUGCAGAUCAACAAGGAUGGGGCAUUCCUGAUACGUUGCAGUUCGGCCCAGAACGCGCGUCAGCCCUACACGCUGGCUGUCCUAUACAGACAGAAGGUCUAUAACAUCCCCAUCCGCUUUCUGGAGGAGACGCGCGGCUACGCCCUCGGAAAGGAGGGCAAGAAGAACGAGGAGUUUUUCUGUAGUCUCCAGGAGAUCAUCUCUCAUCACAAGAAUAACCAACUGCUGCUGAUCGAUAGCAAGAGUCAGGCCAAGCACACCACAUAUCUCACCCAUCCAGCCCGUCCAUAAAUUACAUUACCCAUAACUCCCACACAAUGUAUCUCACCCACCCAGCCUGACCCUACACUACACUACUACUAAGGUGGCAGGUAGCCUAGCGGUUAGAGUGUUGGGCCAGUAACUGAAAGGUCGC